AUGCAGGAGGGAGAGUCCGCAGGCCCGCCGGCGACGGCGGGAACGAGGGAGGGAGACGGUGGAGGGGUCGUGCCUUCGGCGCCUCCGCUCCCUUCCUCCCCCCCGGGUACUCCCGCCAGGCCUCAGCCCGGCUGCAGGCCCAGGCUCGUGUUCCACACCCAGCUCGCCCACGGGAGUCACACGGGCUCCAUCCACAGCUUCACCAACGUCAAGGAGCUGUACGCUAAGAUCGCGGAGGUGUUCCACAUCCCGGCGUCCCAGAUCCUGUUCUGUACACUGAACUCUCAUAAAGUGGACAUGCAGAAACUGCUGGGGGGACAGAUCGGUCUUGAAGAUUUCAUCUUCGCCCACGUGAGGGGGGAAACAAAGGAGGUUGAGAUCAACAAGACAGAGGAGGCUCUUGGCCUGACCAUCACAGACAAUGGCGCGGGAUAUGCUUUCAUUAAGAGGAUCAAAGAGGGCAGUACCAUUGACCGGGUGAAGACUGUAUGUGUAGGUGACCACAUUGAGGCCAUCAACGAAUGCAGCAUUGUUGGAUGCAGGCACUAUGAGGUUGCCAAGAUGCUGAAGGAGCUGCCAAGGGGAGCACCCUUCACCCUUCGCCUGGUGGAACCUAAGAAAGCCUUUGAUAUGAUUGGCCAGAGGACAAAGGCACCCAAGUCCAGUGAAGGGAAGAUAACGAGUGGGAGAGAGACCCUCCGACUCAGAUCUCAGGGGGAUGCCACAGUACAGGAAGUGCCGAACGAGUUUGAAGACAGAGCUGUGAAGACAGUGGACGACCUUCUAGAGAGCUAUAUGGGCAUCCGGGACCUGGAAUUGGCGGCUACUAUCGUGGAGGCAGGCAAAGACAAGAAGAGCCCAGAUGAUUUUGCCCAGGCUCUGGACUCAGUCCUGGGGGACUUUGCCUUCCCGGACGUGUUGUUGCUGGAUGUGUGGAGCGCCAUUGGGGAUGUGAAAAGUGGAUAAGUAGAGGCAGGUGACCCUACAGUAAAUCAGGGGUGUGGGCAGGUCUCUAUCACUCACCAUUCACGUAUACAAUAUACUUGAAAAAUGAUUAAUGGAUCAAUGCAGCCAACACAGGGCGGUGAUGAAAUGGAAAUGGAUGACUCAAUUCAUGUUAAGUUCUGUGGUAGCAGUAUUGCUCUGAACAACAAAUCACCUCUAGUUAUAGUGAUGUUUCUGAAAAUGUAAACUUUAUCCAGCACAGGAUUAGGCAUACUGAUUACAGAAAGAGGAUUUCCAGGGCAAUACAAAUUGGACAUUUAACAAACUGUUGUCGCUAAAGCAAUGGUAUCUUAAAAUAGGUUAUACAGAACUGUGAAUUUUAAGGCUUUCAAAUGGUAUAUCCUGUUACCAUUGUUAUUGAAAAUUGCACUGUGAAAAAAAGGAAUUAAUUUUUAAAAACCUACACCGGCCCUGGGCCAAUGAGACUUAAGGGGGUAAAUUAUUUGCUUUUAUGGAAUACCUGUACUCUAUUGAAAUUUCAUGGAAGAUUUUCUGAUUUGCACUAUACAUACCAUUGCUGCUAUAAAUAAUCACCAGAAAUAUUAAACACACCUUACUUAACUGUGAGUGCAUACCUCAAGAAUAAAAUAACUUUACCAUUUCCAGGAACCAGAAAUAUGUAGAAACGUUACCUUAUAUAUCAGCCAUGCACAACCAAACAAAGUAUUCCAAGAGUUUAAGGUUGAGAGCUUUGACAAACAGAUAGAAUUGUAAUGCAUUAUCCAAUAGAAUAUUUUGUUAUUUCAAAUUCAGUAUUCUGCAUAAUGUGUUUACGUGAAUCUUUUUUAUUUAUAAUUCUUCAGUAUUCAAAUUAAUAUUUGGCUGCAUGUAACACAGUCAUUGAUUUCAGCAUUUUCAAAAGGAAUACAAUUCAGCCUGUGAAGUGCUAUGUCCUUCCAAUGUAUUUAAAAUAUACAAUAUAUUCCAUUGUUUCUCCCAAACAAUCAGAAUUUAAUGUACAUUUGAUUUGUUUUGUAAAAUAAAGGGCAAAGCAAAUUGUAGUAGGAUUAUCUAUAAGCCUCAAUCAUGUUUUAACCAGCUGGUUAAUUUACUUUGGUUGAUAUGGAUUAUGUCCUAUAUAUGACCUAUGUAUUUACACACAUCCUCUCACUAUUACUGCAUAUGUUUGGGUGUGCAGGUGAAUGUUCCAAUGUCUUAUAAUAUAUAAAUAUGUUGUGGUCUAUUUUUAUAUAUUGUCAGCUAGAAAGUUGAGUGUUCAAUCAAAUUACCAUAUGGUCUGGACCUGGUAAAGAAGAUUGCUGAGAGCUGUAUAGGAAUAGUGUUGUUAAUUUAAUAUAUGAAGUGAUGAAACACUUUUUUGUCGAAGAUCUGGAUGUACAAGGCACAUAUUUCCCAUGUUGCAUUCUGACAAUUGUUAAUAAAACUCAUAAAAUAUUA